GAAGGUCACGAUAAACGUUUAAAUGGAGUUUUGCAUGAAACAUGUAACAACAUCAAAUGAAGAAGUGAUAAUUGUCCAUUCCUAAACAGGUUGAAAUGGAAAUGGACAAUCUGCUAGGUGAUGAAGUAAUCAUAGAUCUUGAAAAUUUGGAUUGUCAUAAUGUUGAUCACUUUUUCGGGGAUGAUUAUAUUUUCUCACAAAAAAAGCGGAGAAGUUUGGGUGAAAGUACAACGGAUUCUUCAAGAUCUGCUACACACACACCUUCUUCACAGAUUAGGAAUGGUCCCGCUGUAUGUCGUAAACUGUAUAAUUACAAAAAAGGAGGAGGAGAAGAGUCGCCAUUUCUUGAUCGCAGGCGGCCACGUUGGAGCUCAUCACUAACUCUCAAGGAUAAGAUUGACAAAUUCCUCAAUACCCACGUUGCGAGCAGAACUGAUGUAUGUGAUGGAAUCCCAACGACACUCUCUAUAUGUAAUCAAUUUGAGCUCUCUAACCAUGAAGCCAUGGUGGCCGAUGUUGAUCGGGUACAUUACUAUCGUGCAGCCAUUUUCUGGUCAGGACAUGAGGAUUCUGAUGACGUACCGUGUUGUCAUAUAGAACAUCCCGAUUCGGUAAAAGAGCAGAUUCAAGAAGGUUACAACAAGCUACAUUGCAAUCAGGCGCUCAUCGCUCCACAAAAUCACAACUAUACAAAAAAGUUAUCAAAACCUAGGCAUUACUGUUCUAAUAAAAAGGUCUUGGAAAUUGGUACCGGGCCAAUGUGCGUUCUGGCCAUGAAUGCAUUGAAUGCGGGAGCCAAAGUUGUUGAUGCACUUGAAGUGUCUACAAGCUCUGCCAGAUUAGCGGCAAAACUAAUGGCAGCAUAUGGCGUAUCUGAUAAAAUCAAAGUUUUCAAUUGCCACUCCAAAACAUUUUUCUUCGAUACCGAAUCUUUUUUUGGAUUAAUAGGACAAAAACAAGAUAGAGCAGAAGAAAUUGAAUUGCCACCCAAUCCUCCUUAUGAUAUGAUAAUAAGUGAGAUUUUGGGUGAUUUCUGUUCCCAGGAAGGAGUGGCAGAUGUGUUUUUGGAUAUACAGCGCCGCAUCCUAUUUAAUAAACCUGAGUACAUUAAGAAGGUGAAAAGCAUACCGACCUCGGCUGCAACAAUGUAUAUACCCUGUGUAUUCCCAGAUGCUGAGAAUGUGACCAAUAAGGCACUAUUACAGGAAGAGAUGACCAUCUUUAGCCCAAAUUACAAAAUGAUGCAAAGUGUAGGAUUAAAAAUAGAUAACCUGCCUAUAUCCUUGCAAUGGAGAACUCUGGAGCACUUGCAGUUUGAAGAGUGGAUGCAACUGCAAAUGUGCCAGCAUUAUGAAUCUGCUUUUAAUAUAACAAGCUCUGGUCCCAUGUGUGGUUUCUUGGUUGGUAUAGAUGUAGAGAUAAGGCCCAACGAACAUUUCGGAACAAGAUACGGGCAUUGUGAGUCGUGGUACACCAACGUGCUUUUAUAUGAUCAAGAGUAUCUUGUGUAUAAUGGAGAUGUGGUUCUAGUAAGGUCAAUAGCUAAUCUGACAAACUAUGUAACUGCGAACUGUAUGGGAGAUAAAAUCCAGGCUUCUCGACCUUCUUACUCGAUUAGGUCGUACAUUUUAAGUCCUAUCAAUCCCAUUUUCUGGGAUGUUAAUAAUUAUGAAGUUUAUACAUAUAAAAACGGAGUUGAUUCGCAGCAAAUGACAUGCCCAUGUAUGAUAGGCUGCGCCCUCAAACCAGUUACCAGCGUGAGCAUGGCGACGCUGAAUAAAAUCAACAUGGAUGCAAUUAACACUGGCUGUUCUGAACCAUACGAUUGGUUGGAAAACUAUAAGUUCGUAUGUCUUGGUGAGACUAUUUACCACAUCAGAUUACGCCCGCCUGUGAUUACUAUUGAUUAUAAGGAGCAGUCUUCCGCAGCGUUCACAAAUACACCAUCGGUUAAACGGAAGUUACCAACAGAUCCACCGCGUCGCUACAAGAAAAUGAAACAAAAGGGUAUCUGAUGCAUAUCUAUGUCAGCUACGCUCAUCUAA